GCGCGCACUAACUAACUCCUGCCUCGGUUCUCCGCGCGCUUCGUCUCUGUCUUCGUCGACAAGGAUGGCAGGACCGGGACGGCCGACCGGGGGGAAAACAUAUAACGGGUGGACGUCGAGCGGUGGAAACCACGAGGGGGAGAGUAGUGCGAGCGCGUAUAGUGCGGUCCCGACGAGAGUCGCUGGCGCGACGUUGCGCGAGGGAGAGCACGGCUGGUUCCCGAACCGUCGUUCGUUUAUCGACGUCCAUACGAGUCGACAGCGAUAAUCGACUCCUCCGGCCUGUCCGCGUCCUGUCGCUGUCAGAUAAGGGUUCCGUCCGCAGUUACGGACGAGCGAUCUCGGUCGAGCGCGGUCAGUCCGUGCGGCAUCGUUCGCUGUUGACAAAUCCUAGAAACCUCGUCGUGGCAUAAAGAGUCCCGGGUGUGUAUCGCUGUGGUAGGAAACGCUCAGUGUGGUCGAUAGGGAAGGAGAAAGAGAGACGCAUCGGUAGUUCCAUGUGGUACUUUCGCGAGGGGAAGCGAUCAAAGACGUUCAAGACGCGACGCGACAAGGUGGUUGCGUGGUGCGCGCGCGGUGUGUGCGAUGGUGUAUGUGUGUGUGUGUGUGCGCGCAGGACGUCCGUCAAGUUGUGAUCGGAAGAGCGGUGGCACGCGAUUUGUUGUGCUUCGUUGCGAAUUCCGUGAUUUGUUGACGGAGCGCCUCGUGCCCGACUCUCGCACAAAGUGUCCUCCUGUCCCUGUGACACCAAUAAUGCUCUCUCUCUCCCAUUAGGGGAUUAAUCUUGCAGAUCGAUCGCGCGAUUUUCGAUCAGCCGUAUGUUAUUAACACGCGGGGAAUACGAUCGCGUGACGGCGUGCGCGUUUCUCAGGAACGUCAAUGAGUAAUCGUGACAUUACACCGUGACGAACGAAGUGAGACAUCGGUCGUUCUCGUCCACAGAGUCAUCCGUAACUUGGCUACAUUUACAAUUACACGCGUGGUCGAGGAGGGUCUUAAAUAUCUGGCGAUCUCGGUGCAACCGUGUGCUAUAAAUUUUCUCUGUGUUUCAUUUAGGUGCGCUUGAGACUGUCGCUUGAGUGGAAGGCACAGCAGUGUAUACAUCUGUACCAUUGGUGGCAGGCAUCUAGCUGGUGUGCUGGCAUGUGCGACAAAAAUGUCAACAGGGUUGGUAGGACGGCCUCACCUUCAAAGACAAGGAGAAUCUGAAAACUUGGAGCUUUGGAUUGAGAGGAACGUAGAUACGUUUGUACUUCUGGAAGCAGGCAUUUAGGUCGAUCGUACAGGUUUAAAUAAUGAGGAAUAUUUAUCACCAGACAUCGAUCAGGCAUAAACUCAACGGUCACCCUGCGUAUACCCUGCACACACGAAAUAUACGUGAUGCUGUUGUUCCCAAACUGCUUGCAGCUGUGCAACAAGCUGCAGCACGACGCUGAAGACUGUCCGAAUCAUCACUCCACCGAUGCCUGUAUAAUGUUAGAAGAAUUUUGCAUAUUUGCCGCAGAACUGGCACGUCUGUGCGAGCGAGGAACAGCAGCUGUUCCUAUGAACGCCCCUCGCUCAUUACACGGUGAUGGAAAGGACACUAAUCACAAAACUGGCUCAAAGAGGAUGGCAUAUGAGGUAUUUUUGGGCGGUUCGUGUAAUCCAACCACCUGGAGGUCAGAUAUAGCGAUACCGACCCUUCAGAACCUCGGGAUCACUUACUACAAUCCUCAAGUGUCGCAAUGGGGCCCAGAGUUGAUAGCCCAGGAGUACGAGGCGAAGCAGACGGCGCGAAUCCUGCUGUUCGUGAUCGACAAUCAGACGCGCAACAGCGCGGGCAUCAUCGAGGCAGCUCAAUUGGCAGCUACGCGUGGCGAAUCGUUGGUCCUCGUCAUUUAUCCGUACCGCCAAGGGCAGACUAUACUCGGGGAAGCUGUCUCCACGCAAGAAUAUUACGACUUGAUGAACGGGCUGCUAGUACUUCAGUACCUAAUGGAGAGACAGAGGAUACCGAUAUUCGAGAGCGUGUCGGUCGCUCUUCACUGUACGUCCAAGAUGUUGCGUGAGGAGAUCAACGUGCAGGACUGCGCGGAUUUGUACACCGAGGAUGGCAUCAGACCUAUAAGAAUCUCGCUUACUCAGAAUGGAACGGACGCAGUAACGUUGCGGGAGAUAUUCAAGUCGUUGGACGCUAACGAUAGCGGUACGGUAAAAUUAGGGGAAGCAUGGCGGAUGUUGCAGUCGAACACGAUGUGCAAUAACAUGUCUGUCGCCGACCUGCUCAAUACGGUGAAUAAAUCCGAGACCUGCAGUGCCCUGAUAGACGAAUUCCCGGCGAAGGGCGACCCGGCGGAACUGAGAAUCAAUUUCGAGCAGUUUUGCGCCCUAGCCAGCGAGUCGUCGUGGACGCGAACGAAGAGUAACGGCGUCUCUUGCGAAAGUGAGAUACCUUCAGUAUGGAAUAUAUUAUAUAGGAAGGCCUCGAAAUUCAUGCGACGAGCUAUCGUCCAUCCCUUUAAUCGUUUCCUAGGUUGGGCCAAUUCCUUCGUACAGGAGUCCGAGAAGAGGGAUAUCUACGUCGGCGUAGUCAGUAAAGAUCUGCUUUGGUUAGAAUCGUCCGCAGUGCCGCUGAUAGAGUCAAUGAGACUGUCUCUGCACCGACCUAGCCUGAACGAGUACAACGUAAGGGUGUUGCCGCAGGAGUUGCAGAAGAUGAAGAACUCGCGGCUGAUCCUGUUAAUAGUGCCGCAGCACUCGCGCGGCAUCGCCAUUAUGGCGUUGGCAGCUCACUUGAUCGGACUGCGCGCUAAGCUCGUCCUCUGUGUUCAAACUCUCCCCGAGGAUUGUGUCGUGUCUGGCGAACAGCUGACUGAACAAGCCAGGAAGGACUACAACCGGGGGAGGAUGUACCUGUCGGACUACGCGACGCGCGAAGGUGUACCUGUUUUUCAGAAUAUCGCUGAUGCUCUGCAACACGCGAUACAGUUAGUUCAAAGUCUCUGUUGACUUAAUUGCUCUUUAAUGUUUUUUUUUUCUAUUUUUUUCGUACGAGUAAGCUCCUCGGUUCGACGACUAAUUUAUUUUUACUUUUAACAAUGUCCAGCUACCGUUUGAGAUCGUACGUGCGCGCGCGCGCUCGAACACACUCGAUAGGCAUGAGAAUAGGCUAAUGAGAGACACGCCGUAUCGUCAUUGUUAGUCCUGAAAAAAAGCAAACCGUGGCGGCGUUAUCGCGUGACGAAAUGCUUCUCCUCAGUGUAUCUUAUCGUUAUCAUUUCUCGUCGAUAAUCCCCGUGCUACUUACGCACACUUUACGUCGUUAACGAUAUAUCGCUUAUUUAGGUAUUAUUAUUACUACUACUACUACACUACUACUACUACUACUACUACUACUACUACUAUUACACUACUAUUAUUAUUACUAUUGUUUUUAAAUUCUUGACAUAGUUGAAAUAUGAACAGUCAAGAUCUUUUAUUUCCGUCACAAGGAGGGUAUUCCAUUAUUGCUAUUUAUUACGUGCAUAUCGCAUUUCACGUGCAAUUAUUUUUACUUUGUUGGCCAAACAACGGUUCUCCUUAUUUUAUCUUCGUUUUUUUUUUUCUCCCUUUUAAGCGUAUAAUACGUACAUUAUUUUAUACUAGCUAAUGCGUCGUGCAGCUAACAGUUUUACUACUAUCUAGCCGUCUUUUAUUAUUGCGUUCUUUUUCUCUUAUCGAAUGACGUUGAACCCCCUUUAUUUAACAUAGAUGAAUAGAAAGGAAAAAAAGGAGAGCGGUCUCUCAGGGUAGGUGGACAUGCAUACUAUUUUUUUCUCGUUUUUUUUUAUAGUAACUUAACGUUCGCAACAUUUUUUUGUAACCUUUUGGUAACUGUGGUUGAGGAUUGAUUUGAUAUACAUGUGUACAUAGAGCUCGUAGUUGUUUCUAAUGAUCUAAUCGAUUAACUUUUUGCAAUUUGAUCGGGAGAGAGGGAGGCGGAGGAGGAGGACAUCGUGCGGGACUGGUGAACUCGCGUUCCGGACGCGUAACAGACGUGCGUGUGUGCGUGUCCCGGCCGCGCGUGUAUCCCGUGACGAUGUGUGCGCGACAUCACGCGUUUUUUUUUCUCGAUCAAGCGUGAUGCACAAGCAUGAAAUUCUGUUGAAAACAGGAAUUUCAAGCAAGAUUGUGUCCUCAUCUAGUUCGGUAUACAACGGUGUAGAGAAAAAGGGAAAGAGAGAGAGAGAGAGAGAGAGAGAGAGAGUGAGAGUGAAAGAGAGCGAAAUGUGUAAGCUAUUUAAUACCUGCGGAUUGCUUGAUGCUCAUCGUUCAAAUGAAACGAAUAAGAAAAAAAGAAAGAAA